AUGGGUUGCUCCAUUGAUCAGUUCACUAGAUUGAAGCCUUCGGCUUUCGUAGGAAGUGUAGAUCCAGUUCGUGCUAAGAAUUGGAUCCAGAAGAUCAAGAAGGUCCUGGAUGUCUUGAACUGCACAGAGAAUCAGAAGGUCACCUUCUCCACGUUCAAGUUGGCAAGGGAGGCUAAGAAAUGGUGGGUGUCUGUGAAGAAGAUGGAGGAACUCCGACUGAUACUGGUAGCAUUAACGUGGGCCCGAUUCAAAGAGUUAUUCUUUGAACAGUAUUUUCCGGCCACGGUCAGAAACGCAAACAUGGAGGAAUUCAUGAAUUUGACUCAGGAAUCGUUGACAGUGCAGCAGUACGCUGCCAAAUUCCAGGAGCUGUCUGGAUUCGCUCCAUUCGUGUUAUCGGAUGAAGUGAAGAAGGCCUGGAAGUUUCAGAGGGGUCUAAGGAAGGAGAUUCGUAGGCAGAUGACGAUUCUACAGUUGCAGGACUUCGCUAUGUUGGUUGAUAAAGCCACGGUGGCAGAGGAGUGUUUGCUUGAGGACGCUAAAGUCCAGGUUUCGAAGAAGAGGCCAGCGCCUCCUAGUUCUUCACCUAGGGCAAAGUAG